UAGAAAAGAAAAAUAACAAUAAGAUUCAGCUAUUAAGCUGAGAUAUAUCCACCAAACCAAAGCACGUUUUAGUUUUGUGGCAAGAACUAAGAAGAAGAAGAAAGAUGGGAAGAAUAUUUGUAGUAGAGUUGGAAGGAAGGUCUUACAGAUGCAAGUUCUGUAAAACCCACCUCGCCCUUGCUCACGAUCUUGUUUCUCGGGGUUUUCACUGCCGACGGGGAAAGGCGUACCUUUUCAAUAAUGUAGUGAACAUCAGUCUCGGAGCAUUUGAGGAGAGGCUGAUGCUAUCAGGACUGCAUACUGUUGCAGAAACAUUUUGCUGCUUCUGUGGACAAAUUGUUGGCUGGAAAUAUGAAGUUGCCCAUGAGAAGAGUCAGAAAUAUAAAGAGGGCAAGUUUGUACUUGAAACGGGGAGGAUUGUUGACGAAAUUGAUUUUUCCACAGAAUUCUAUAUCGAUACCCACCCUAGCACGAGCGACGCUGAAGAUGCUUAGGAUCGUCAUGAGUUUCAACGUUUUUAGCAGACCUUGAGAUGGUAAAGAACACAGUUAAGUGUUUUUUGAUAACCCUGUAGCAAUAUUUAAAUAAGCAGUUGUCAAUUGUUGCGUUCCUUUGUACCCCUCGUUGAGCAACCAAAAUGUUUCAUGCUUCUUCAGGAAGCAAUUCCGCGAAAAUUAUGCUUCCAAUCAUCCUGGAUGGUCUUAAAUGGUCUGUAAACUUGAGUAAAUAUAUAUAUAUAUAUAUAUAUACAUAUUACAAAAACUGUUUAAGAGGGCAUAUUUUGUAGUAUAUUUUGUAGUUAGUUUACAAAAAAUUAUUGCUCUCGUUGAGAAGA